AUGUCAGAAGACGAAAGAGUUGGACAUCGCGAACUACUUCAAGAUUUUAUAGAAAGCUACAGAAACGAAACUUGCCUUUGGAAGACUACAUCUAAGGAUUACCACGACCGCAACAAAAAAUGCCGCCUACGACAGGCUAAUCGAAAAAUACAAACCCAAUCCAAUUCAAAUGUCACCAGGACGCAGUCAACCACCGGCAUCGGCUCAACGAGCUACGAUUGUCCAGACAGCGAUCGAGACACACCGACACUGGCCUAUUCCGACAACGAAUCAGACACACCGACCCCGGAAGACUGUUCUAACAGCGAACGAGCUACAUCAAUUUAG